AUGGCUAGAACCAAGCAAACCGCAAGAAAGUCUACUGGUGGAAAGGCCCCAAGAAAGCAACUUGCUUCUAAGGCUGCCAGAAAGUCUGCCCCAGCUACUGGCGGUGUCAAGAAGCCACACAGAUAUAAGCCAGGUACUGUUGCCCUGAGAGAAAUCAGAAGAUUCCAGAAAUCUACUGAAUUGCUUAUCAGAAAAUUGCCAUUCCAAAGAUUGGUCAGAGAAAUUGCACAGGAUUUCAAGACUGACUUGAGAUUCCAGUCCUCUGCUAUAGGUGCUCUGCAGGAGUCUGUUGAGGCUUACCUUGUUUCUCUCUUCGAGGACACUAACUUAUGUGCUAUUCACGCUAAGAGAGUCACCAUCCAAAAGAAGGAUAUUCAACUUGCUAGAAGAUUGAGAGGUGAGAGAUCGUAA